AUGAACGAUGACCACUUAAGUCAGUUCAAAUAUGGUAAAUUGGCGCAAUGCGAUCAAACGAGUUUGACAGGUAUUUUAAAAUCGGAAGGGAAGUGUUAUUCAUUCCAAGCAAGUCGUGAAAAUUUAGCGAAGUAUGAUUUUUUUUUCAAAAAUUUAUGUCUCUGUACUGAUCAACCAGAUGUCAAACAACUUAAAAAAGAAAUAUUGGAGACACUAGAAGCACACUUCUGUAGUAAUGAGACUGUGUUUCUUGAGUACCUAAAUUUCAUAACCCACUGGAGUAUCAAGGAAGGAAAAAAAUUGAAAUUAGAUAAAACACGGAUGAAACGCGUAAUUGCCCUUUGCGUGUGUUCGCCUUUUACCAAAUCGUUGUCCUUUGUUGCUGGUAAAUCAGUCGACGACAAAGAAAACAUUUUCCGAGAAGCUGUUUCUAAGUGUGAUUUGGUUGUUAUUGAGAAAAACAAUUUUGAAAGAAUCGAAUCAGUUUGGUCGGAUGCUAUUGACGGUGUAGAUGAUAUGGAAAAAACGAAUAAAAUUAACAAAAUGUACCAAAUUAUGGAAAACUGGAUAACAAGUAAGGAAAGUCUUUACGCUGAGGAUGCAUCCAAAGUUUCGAAACUCAUGUGGUUGCGGGAAAAAAGUCCGUUAGUCGUCGAAGGAUGUCCACAAGUUUAUAAAGCAAUAAAAACAUGCCAAAUUCGAAAUCUUAUCGUACUUGAUAAUCAAGAAACGUUUAGUAAAGGCGUUGAAGGAAUCACAAACAGUCAACAAAAAACUUUCCUGUUUCGAAAGUUAUUUGAUUUAAAAGAGCACACAAAGUUGUAUGACGACAUCUUAAUGAAUUUUACCUAUUCAUUGGAAGGUCAAAGAGAAAUUGAGCUGAAAUUCUUACAAGAAGUGUGCGAUAUUGACAAUUUCAUCACCACAGAUGAUUUAAUUGAAAUGUUGAAAGCUCCAUUGUUAAUUGGAAACUCAGAAGCUCUACCACCAAGUCAUAUCGAAAGAAAGUUAACGAAAAUUUUAACAGAUGUCAAAUUUUUGAGAAAUAUGGAUUACAAUACAGUUGCUUUAAUCGACUGUGUGACAGAUGUAAACUCUUUUCAGCAAAACUUCCCAGGUGUAUCAAUCAAAAUUAAUGAUGUAGACACGAUUCAAAGUACAGUUCAAAGUCCGACGAUUUAUAUUUAUGAAAACGAAAUCUCAAAAGAGAAAUUUGAUGCUUUGUGCAAACAGAAUGUAAGAACACAAAUUCAUUACUUUAAAUAUUUGGACGAUCAUCGUUUGGAAUGGAUAAGAAGUGAGAAUUGUAGCUCGAAACGUGGAUGGUUUGAAAAACUUGAUAGAUUACGUAUAAAAGGUGAAUUUAUCGACCAACGUCAAUACUUUAAAGAAUCGUGGCAAAAUAUUAAUAUUAUCUGCGCCGAUCCUGGUAUGGGAAAGAGCACAUUAUUGAAGAGUUUGAAAAGCAAUAGUCCUUCGUCGAAGUGGACUAUUUUAAUAUACGCAAGAAAUCACCCUGAACACUUUAGAAAAAAUAAAUCCGAUAUGGACAAGUUUUUAAAAUACAUUCUGGACGUCGUUACUUGUAAAAAGUAUUCAAAGAAAUUCCACCAAGCAAUUUUCAAAACAAUGCUGGAACAAAAUCAAAUAGAGCUAGCGUGGGAUGGUCUCGAUGAAGCGUCUGACGACACUCAAGCUUCCAUUGUAGAUUUAGUAAAAGCUUUUUCGGAACGAGGGGUGAAGCAAUGGUUAACUUCUCGAAAUAACUUGAAAAAUAUGUUAGAAGAGGGCUUAGGUAGUUUGUCACGAAAUAUAAAGCAGUUGAACGAAGAAGAACAACGAGCUUACAUUCGAGAUCGUCUACAAAUUCCCGAAGAUAAGUUGUCGGAGACCUUUAGUAAAAUAAGAGAAAAUAUAAUGGCUUUUCCAAAUUACGAAAUUUUAGGCAUUCCUCUACAAAUUUACAUGUUGACGGAAUUAUUUUCAAAAGACUUAAACCACUAUCUGAAUUUAUUAGACGGUAAUUUUACUGUUCUUAAACUGUACGAACAUUUUGUGAAAGAAAAAUUUAAUGUUUUAUAUGCAGACAAAAACAAAAUUCCUUUAAUGAAUGAAUCCAUUUACAAAGAUAUUGAAAAUACAAUGAAUUGUUACCAACAUUUAGCUGCCAAUUCUUACAACUCUGAUUCACUUGCAGAAAAACCUGUAAAAUGCAAUUUUGACCGAAAAGUUAAAAGCUUUUUGAUCGAAAUUAAAAAUGAAGGUGAUGAAGUAGGAAUCAUAAGCCGCGUUCAUUCUAACAACGAUGUUGAAUUCGCUCAUAAUUCGUACGGGGAAUAUUUUGCAGCUUUAUAUCUGUUUAAUUAUGAACCAUCAAAAGCACGGGACAAAAUAUUUAUUUCGAACCGUCGUUCCAACAAUAUUCGAUUUUUUUUAGAUUUAAUGUUGGCGAAAAACUGUAAAGGUUUCGUAGCUAUUUUAUAUAAAAAUCCUUCAAUUCUAGAGGAACUCACAGAUGAAGAUUUAAAGCAAAAAGACGUCAUCGGUCGCGACAUUUUAGAAGUGGCUUGUGCAUACAGCAAAAAUUAUCCAGUUGCGAAAAAUGACACUGUUCUAACAAAAUCCGAUUUUAACAAAGAUUGGGUAGGUAAUACGGAAAUCGUAAGAUAUUUAAAUUAUCGUGAUGUGGGGCGAGAAUUUAAUUACUUCAAUUCGUGUUUUCAUAAGUUGCUGCUUUUUUUACCAUUUUUGGUUCCAUUAUAUGAUGGGACUCGAUUUGAUGAUGACUACUUGGCAGUAGUUUUAUAUUAUGCAAUUAAGUAUGAUGUUUCAAUGAUUUUUGAGUGCAUUGAAAAUUCUUUGUCUUUAAAGACCAUGUACAAUAGCAUUAAUCCAAGGAGUGUUCUAGGAUUAGCUCUUUAUAAUCGAUCAAGGCAAAUAUUAAGAAAACAGUUUUCCAAAAAGGAAGACUGUUGCGAAUGGGAUUUUGUAGAAAAUUUAGGGGAUUCGGUGAUGGAAAUUGACGAAAUAUUUACUUGUGUGUUAGAGUUGGAAGAGUUUCAAAUAGAAGUUCCAAAUUCGAAAGGUCAGUUGCUGAUCCAUUAUUCAUCUGAGAAUCGCCUAAUUAAAACGCUGAGUUUAUUAUUGGUUAAAAAUCCGAAUGUGGAUGUUCGGGAUAGAAGUGGUCGACUACCGAUUCAGUAUGCUUGUGAACAUGGUGAUUUAGAGUCAGUAGAAUUAUUGGUGAGAAAUGGUGCAAAAUUGAACGUUUCCGAUGAAAAUGGUCUUCUGCUCAUUCAUUACGCUUGUAAAAAUUGGUUAAAUGGAUACAGAAUUAUACCAUUUUUGAUUGAAAAAGGCGUGAAAGUAGAUUCUGCAGACAGCAAUGGUCGCCUGCCAAUUCAUUACGCUUCUGAAUAUGGAAAUUUAGAUGCAAUGAAAUCAUUGGUAGAAAAUGGAGCAAAGGUGGAUGUUCCUGAUGGGAAUGACAAAAAGCUACCCAUACAUUACGCGUUUGACAGAAUCCUGAAUGUGGACUCCGUUGUAUCGUUUUUUAAAGAAAAUGGUGCGAAUUUAGAUUCGCCAGAUGGGCAUGGUCGAUUACCGAUUCACUACGCUUGUGAAUAUGGAUGCUUAGGUGCAGUAAAGUCACUGGUAGCGAAUGGUGCAAAAGUGAAUGAUCCGGAUGGAGAUGGUAAGCUGCCCAUAUAUUACGCGUGUCAGAAUCGAUAUUUUGAAUAUAGAAUUAUAACAUUUUUGAUAAACAAAGGUGCGAAAGUAGAUUCCCCAAAUUACGAUUGUCAGUUGCCGAUUCAUUAUGCUUGCGAAUUUGGAGAUUUAGAAGAAGUAAUGUUGCUGGUAGCGAAUGGUGCGAAAGUGGAUGUUCCGGAUAGAAAUGGUCGCCUGCCUAUGCAUUACGCAUCUAAAAAUCGUUUUAAUGGGCACAAAGUAACGUCCUUUUUGAUAAAAGAAGGUGCGAAAGUUGAUUCUCCAGAUGACGAUGGUCGACUGCCCAUUCAUUAUGCGUGUGAAUUUGGAGAUUUAGAUGAAGUAAUGUUGCUGGUAGCGAAUGGUGCGAAAGUGGAUGUUCCGGAUAGAAAUGGUCGAGUGCCUAUGCAUUACGCGUCUAAAAAUCGUUUUAAUGGACACAGAGUUACGUCCUUUUUGAUAGAAGAAGGUGCGAAAGUUGAUUCUCCAGAUGACGAUGGUCGACUGCCGAUUCAUUAUGCUUGUGAAUUUGGAGAUUUAGAUGAAGUAAUGUUGCUGGUAGCGAGUAGUGCAAAAGUAGAUAUUCCAGACAGAAAUGGUCGAAUGCCCAUGCAUUACGCGUUUAAAAAUCGUUUUAGUGGACAUAAAAUGUUGCCCUAUUUGAUAAAACAAGGUUCGAAAAUAGAUUCCCGGGAUCACAACAGUCGGCUGCCGAUUCAUUAUGCUUCUGAAUUUGGAGAUUUAGAUGAUGUCAUGUUGCUGGUAGCGAAUGGUGCGAAGGUGGGUAUUCCGGAUAGAAAUGGUCGGAUGCCCAUGCAUUACGCGUGUAAAAAUCUUUUGAAUGGACAUAGAAUUAUGUCAUUUUUGUUGAAACAAAGUUCGAAUGUAGAAUCCCAAGAUAAUGAUGGUCGGCUGCCGAUUCAUUAUGCUUGUGAAUUUGGAGAUUUAGAUAAAGUAAUGUUGCUGGUAGCGAAUGGUGCGAGAUUGGAUGUUUCGGAUAGAGAUGGUCGACUGCCAAUGCAUUAUGCGUGUAAAAAUGGUUUUAACGGACACAGAAUUACGUCAUUUUUGAUAAAAAAAAGAGCGAAAGUAAAUUUCCGAGAUAACGGUGGUCGACUGCCAAUUCAUUAUGCUUGUGAAUUUGGAGAUUUAGAUGAAGUAAUGUUGCUGGUAGCGAGUAGUGCAAAAAUAGAGAUUCCAGACAGAAAUGGUCGAAUGCCCAUGCAUUACGCGUCUAAAAAUCGUUUUAGUGGACAUAAAAUUUUGUCCUAUUUGAUAAAACAAGGUUCGAAAAUUGAUUUCCGAGAUCGCGACGGUCGGCUGCCGAUUCAUCAUGCUUGUGAAUUUGGCGAUUUAGAAGAAGUAAUGUUGCUGGUAGCGAAUGGUGCGAAAGUGGAUGUUCCGGAUAGAAAUGGUCGACUGCCUAUGCAUUACGCGUCUAAAAAUCGUUUUAAUGGACACAAAGUUACGCCCUUUUUGAUAAAAGAAGGUGCGGAAGUUGAUUCUCCAGAUAACGAUGGUCGACUGCCAAUUCAUUAUGCUUGUGAAUAUGGAGAUUUAGAUGAAGUAAUGUUGCUGGUAGCGAAUGGUACGGCACUGUAUAUUCCAGAUAGAAAUGGUCGAAUGUCCAUGCAUUACGCGUCUAAAAAUCGUUUUAGUGGACAUAAAAUUUCGUCCUAUUUGAUAAAACAAGGUUUGAAAAUUGAUUCCCGAGAUCACGACGGUCAGCUGCCGAUUCAUUAUGCUUGUGAAUUUGGCGAUUUAGAUGAAGUCAUGUUGCUGAUAGCGAAUGAUGAGAAAGUGGAUAUCCCAGAUGGAAAUGGUCGGAUGCCCAUGCAUUACGCGUGUAAAAAUCUUUUGAAUGGACAUAGAAUUAUGUCAUUUUUGUUGAAACAAAGUUCGAAUGUAGAAUCCCAAGAUAAUGAUGGUCGGCUGCCGAUUCAUUAUGCUUGCGAAUUUGGAGAUUUAGAUAAAGUAAUGUUGCUGGUAGCGAAUGGUGCGAGAUUGGAUGUUUCGGAUAGAGAUGGUCGACUGCCAAUGCAUUGUGCGUGUAAAAAUGGUUUUAACGGACACAGAGUUACGUCAUUUUUGAUAAAACAAGGAGCGAAAGUAGAUUCCCCAGAUGACGAUGGUCGACUGCCAAUUCAUUAUGCCUGUGAAUUUGGAGAUUUAGAUGAAAUCAUGUUGCUAGUAGGAAAUGGUCCGAAAGUGGGUAUUCCGGAUAAAAAUGGUCGAUUGACCAUGCAUUACGCGUGUAAAAAUCGUUCUAAUGGACAUAGAAUUACGUCAUAUUUGAUAAGAAGAGGUGCGAAAGUAGACUCCCCAGAUAACGAUGGUCGACUGCCAAUUCAUUAUUCUUGUGAAUUUGGAGAUUUAGAUGAGGUAAUGUUGCUGGUAGCGAAUGGUGCGAAAAUGGAUAUUCCAGAUAGAAAUCGUCGAAUGCCUAUGCAUUACGCGUGUCGAAAUCGUUUUAAUGGAGAAAAAAUCACGUCUUUCUUGAUAAGAAAAGGUGCGAAAGUAGAUUCCCGAGAUCACGAUGGUCGGCUGCCGAUUCAUUAUGCUUGUAGAUUUGGAGAUUUAGAUGAAGUAAUGUUGCUGGUAGCGAAUGGUGCGGAAGUAAAUAUUCCAGAUAGAAAUGGUCGACUGCCCAUGCAUUACGCAUCUAAAAAUCGGUUUAAUGGACAUAGCAUUACGUCGUUUUUGAUAAAAAAAGGUGGGAAAUAGAUUCCUCAGAUUGCUAUGGUCGGUUG